AUGGAUGAAUUAUAUAAUACAUAUAAAAGUGACAGUGAUAGUGAAAAAGAAGUUGUUCUUGAUUUUGAAUUUUCAAAUUUAGAGAAAAAAUUAAAAUUCAAUGCGUCUGAAACUUUAUCAUUUCCUACCAAUGCUAUAACAAAUCAACCAAGAAAAAGAAAAUUAGAAAAUCUUUAUGGUCCAAUUUAUGAUAAUGUUGAUAAUAGUGAAAAUAAUGUAAAACAACCUUAUUUGUUGCUUGAUCUUCCUCAUAAAAUUGAAAAGCGAUUGCAAAAACCACAAAAACCUGAUAAAGAAUUAUUAAUGAAACAAUUUAGUAUAAUCCCAAAACGAAAAAUUAAUACUUUUUCAACAAAAAAUGAUGAUUAUCAUUUAACUUCAAUAUUAUGGUGUGGCUCUUUUGUAUUGGCAUCUGCAUCAAUGAAUGGAUCAAUAAAAAUUUGGGAUGUUUUUAGAUCAAAAAAAUGUGUUCAAACAAUUCAACAUAAUGGGGCAGUUAAGGAUGUGCAAUGGGACUUCAAUCAUAAUAAUAUUCUUUCAGGUGGAUUUGAUAAUAUAGUAAAGUUGAGUGAUAUUGAAGCAGGAAAAACAAUUCAAUCAUUUUUACAUCAAGAAAUUAUAACUAGUCUUCGUUUUCAUCCUACCCAAACUAAUAUUUUUGUUUCAGGAAUGAUGAAAGAUGGAAUAAAAUCAUGGGACAUACGAUCCAAUAAGAUUAUAAAAGAAACUAAAAAAUUCUGGGGAGGUGUUAAUGAUCUUGAGUUUUUUCCUGAUGGCAAUAAAUUACUUACAUGUUCAGAUUAUGUAGUUAAAAAUGCGGCUGAUAAGAAUAUAAUUGUAUGGGAUUUUGAUUCAAUGACUAGUAUUUCAAAUCAAAUUUAUCAAGAAGCCUUUUCUUGUACAGCAUUAAGAAUCCAUCCUUUACAAAAUCAUUUUGUUGCUCAAUCCAAUGGAAAUUAUAUUGCAAUUUUUGGUAUUGAAAAACCUUGGAAAUUAGAAAAAAGAAAGAGGUUUGAAUCUCAUCAUGUAAAUGGAUAUCCAAUACGAUGCAAUUUUUCACUAGAAUCAAAUAAAGGAGGUCAAUUUUUAGCAUCAGGAGAUGCUGAUGGUAGAAUAAUAUUUUAUGAUUGGUUUACAACACAUCCAAUCAAGAUUAUUGAAAAUGCACAUCGGGAAGUAUGUACAGAUAUUUGUUGGCAUCCAGUACUAACUAAUACUUUUGCAAGUUGUGGUUGGGAUGGUACAAUUUCAUUGUGGGAAUAG